CCGGCCGCAGGGCGCAGGAGGCGGAUGGAGCAUGGAGCGGAGCGACGAGGGGUCUUGAGAAGCAAUGGCCACAGAAGCCCCUGUGAACAUAGCACCACCUGAACGCAGCACUGCUGUCAGCACAAAAGCUGACAGCUUCAUCUGGCAGCUAAACUCACUGAACAUGCAUGUCAUAAGGCCCAAGUCCGCCAAGGGACGAACACGGCCAAGUCAGCACAAAUCCCAGGGCACAGAGGUGUGUUCUCAACACAUACCAUCUUCUCCGCCUCCAGCCAUUCCCUGUGAGCCACCAAGUAGCCAAAAACCAGGAGCCUGUGCACCCAAAUCUCCAAAUAAGGGAGCUCCUGAUGAGAUCCCAGAGUUGCUGCUGCAAGUGCCCAUCGGGGCUUCCUCUUCUCUCAAUAAAUACCCAGUCCUUCCUUCCAUCAACAGAAAGAACCUGGAGGAGGGUGCUGUGGAGAGAGUAGCUAAAAAGGCCAGCUCACUGCAACUGAGCAGCAUCCAGGCUCUUUACCAAGAGGAGACCUGCACCAUGAAGACAGGCCAAGAUGCCAAAGCUCGAGCUUGUGCCCCGGAGAGGAAAUUCAUUGUCAGAACCGAAAGACAGGACUCCCCCAGGGCCGGAAACCUGGAGGAACCAUCAGACCAAGAACCAAGGCUGCUGCUUGCUGUCAGAUCACCGUCAGGCCAAAGGUUUGUACGCCAUUUCCGGCCAACUGAUGACUUACAAACCGUUGUUGCCAUAGCUGAACAGAAGAACAAAACCAUCUACCAACACUGCAGCAUUGAAACAAUGGAGGUGCCCAGGAGACGUUUUUCUGACCUCAGCAAAUCUCUGCAAGAGUGCAGAAUCCCCCACAAGUCGGUGCUGGGCAUAUCACAGGAAGAUGGGGAGGGGUGGCCCUGAAUCCACAGCCACCCAAGCUGGGGUCCUGGAUCUCUGAGCAAGGAGCAUGCUUGGGUGUCAUGGCUUCCCAGGCAGCCUGGUUCCAAGUGCCAUGUGAACCUGGGGCAGCCAUGAUCCUUGGGACUCUCAUUUCCACAGCAUGUUCUCUGAAUCAGCGAAGUCUGCACAUUGUACUGAAUGUGCUGAGAAGACUCCCUUCCAGUUGUUACAUUUUCUCCACCACUGCAGUGAACUGGCAAGUCCUGAAACAGCUGUGGCC